GGGCAACGCAAUGCAAGAAAAUUCUUACAAAAGGACAAAUUAAUCUCGACAUAUAUUGAUAUUUGUGUGUGGGUGCAAUGCAAAUAAUUCAGCCGCGUAAUAAGGUGAUCUCAUCAAAUCCACACACUCACUUCUCUCUUAAUUUUCUUCUCCCUCAAAAAUUCUUCAUCACCUUUAAUAAAGCAUAGAUACGUACAAAUCGGAUUUGGAGGUGGAGUUCACUUUCUUAGUUGCCUGCUUAAUUAUGUCCACUCCUCCAACGACCUCUGCUACCAUUUAAUGUUCCUCUCUCUCUCCUCUCCUUUCUAGAGAGAGAGCCAGAGAGAUGAUGAUGAUGAUGAAAUAUAUGUAUCUAUGUGUGCUUGUGUGAUUUCAAGAACAUCCCGACCCCCAUAUUUAUUGCCACUCUUUUAUUUCUCUAUAAAUCACUUUAUUUCUUUACCUCUGUCACUCACACCCCAUUUUCUUCUACCUCUAAAUUCUUUGCUUUUUCUAGGGUUUUUUUUCCUCUUUAUUUCACACAAUUUUUUUUUCCUACAUUAUACCAUACCUAGAUUUCGAUUUUCUCCCAUGUUUCAAACUCCGAGCUAGCUACCAAGCUCAUACAUUUAUAUUAAUUUUCUUCCUCUUUCUUGUUUUUUGAGAACAAUGGGGGUUUAUGGUAUGUUGUUCCUUGAGAAAACAAAAGUGGGCCCGGUUAUGGAUAUGUCAACGGCCGUGAUGAUUCUCGCCUUGGUGUCAGCUUAUCUUCUAUGGUUCAGAUCAACCACGCGCUCUUUGAAAGGGCCCAAGGGCCCGAGAUUGUGGCCCGUUUUGGGCAGCCUCCCGGGCCUCAUCCAGAACAACGGCCGCAUGCACGAGUGGAUCGCCGAUAACCUCCGAGCCUGCGGCGGAACCUACCAAACCUGCAUCUUCGCCAUCCCGUUCCUCGCCCGGAAGCAAGGCCUCGUGACGGUCACGUGCGACCCCAAGAACCUAGAGCACAUUUUGAAGGUCAGGUUCGACAACUACCCCAAGGGACCCACCUGGCAGGCCGUCUUCCACGACCUCCUCGGCGACGGCAUCUUCAACUCCGACGGCGACACGUGGCUCUUCCAGCGUAAGACCGCCGCACUCGAAUUCACCACCCGCACGCUGCGCCAAGCCAUGGCUCGCUGGGUCAGCCGGGCUAUUAAGAACCGGUUCUGCCCGAUUCUCGAAUCGGCUCAGCGCGAAGGGAAGCCGGUCGACCUCCAGGACCUCCUGCUCCGGCUCACCUUCGACAACAUAUGCGGCUUGGCUUUCGGGAAGGAUCCCCAAACCCUCGCCCCCGACCUGCCGGAGAACAGCUUCGCCUCAGCCUUCGACGCCGCCACCGAGGCCUCGCUGCACCGGUUCAUUCUGCCGGAAUUCAUCUGGCGGUUCAAGAAAUGGCUCCGGCUCGGGAUGGAGCUCAGCUUGAGCCAGAGCCUGCGACACGUGGAGAACUACCUGACCAAUGUGAUCAGUACACGUAAGCUCGAGCUGCAGGAGAGCGGGGCCCAGCACGACGACUUGCUAUCGAGGUUCAUGAAAAAGAGGGAAACAUACACCGAUAAAUUCCUGCAACACGUUGCCCUAAAUUUCAUCCUCGCCGGCCGCGACACCUCGUCGGUGGCUCUCAGCUGGUUCUUCUGGCUGCUGACGCUCAAUCCGGCGGCGGAGGAGAAGAUCCUAAUCGAGCUCUGCUCGGUUUUGACGGAGUCUCGCGGCGGCGACGCCGCGAAUUGGCUGGACGAUCCGCUGGUGUUCGAGGAGGUCGAUCGCCUGGUUUACCUCAAGGCGGCGCUGUCGGAGACGCUGCGGCUGUACCCGUCGGUUCCGGAGGACUCGAAGCACGUGAUCUCCGACGAUGUAUUGCCGGACGGCACGUUCGUACCGGCCGGAUCGAAUAUCACGUACUCGAUCUACUCGUCGGCGAGGAUGAAGUUCAUUUGGGGGGACGAUUGCCUCGAAUUCAAGCCGGAGCGGUGGCUAUCGGAGGAUGAGAAGAAGUUCGUGGCGAAGGAUCAGUUCCAGUUCGUGGCGUUCAACGCGGGGCCGCGGAUUUGCCUGGGGAAAGAUCUGGCGUACCUGCAGAUGAAGUCGAUCGCGGCGGCGCUGCUUCUCCGCCACCGCCUCGUGGUGGCGGCGGGGCACAAGGUGGAGCAGAAGAUGUCGCUGACUCUGUUCAUGAAGGACGGGCUCAAGGUAAAUGUGCACCCUAGGGAUUUAGCCCUAAUUUUGGACAAAAUUGGGAAAAAAACAGAUAUUGAUUGAUUAGGAUGAUUAAUAAUUUGUGAAUAGGGAUGAUGAUGCAUAAUGGGGGCGUAAUAAUUUUAUACAGUGUGAAGUAUUUUCGUGAUUCAUUGUGAUGGAUACCUUAAUUAGGGCCAAUUAAUUACUAAUCACAACCUAAUUAUAAGAUUGAGGUUGGGUAAUUAAUUUGGUGUCUAAUUAAUGUAUUGUUACAGUAUAAAGGUACCCCUCACAAUGAAUCAACAAUUUGUGUCCAUGCAUUUGUCAAAGACGAAUUUGGCAAAAGUAUAACCUUUUGUAUUGUUUUUUCUUCUUUGGAUUAUUAUUAUAUUAUAGAUUAUAGAUUUGUAUUUUUAUUUUAUUUGAAAUAAGGAAUAAAAUGUUGAUCGAAUUAAUUGGA